AUGUCAUCCCAACCCACCAUAGACAUGACCUCCCUCCCCAAACCCAUAACCCUCUCACCAACAAUCCACGUCUACGACCCUCUCACCCCCGAAUCCACCAGUACCAGCAACAACGCACCACAAACAAUCAUCCUCGCCUACUGGAUGAAUGCCCCCCAACGGGCCCUCACAAAAUACACCACCCAAUACCGCACCCUCUACCCUAGCGCCCGCAUCCUGACUCUCCAAAGCAGCACGGGUGACUUUAUGCGCCUCCCUUCACUACUAUCCACCUUCGCAAGCACGUCAAACAACGAAAACAGCAACACGAAUCCUACUCAACCAGCCCUGGACUACCUCCUCCACCACCACCCACCAACCAACACCCCCAGAGAGAGUGAGAGUGAGAGAAUCCACAUCCACCUCUUCUCCAACGGCGGCGUUUAUACAACCACGACUCUCCUCUCCUCCUACAAGUCCACAACAGGACACACCCUCCCCAUCACAUCGCUGCUCAUUGACAGCGCGCCUGGGAAACCAUCACUGAUUGGUGCGUUUCGCGCGUUCUCGUUCGGUCUUCCCAAGAAUGUUGUCCUGAAGUGGGUGGGGAUGUUGUUGCUGGGGUGUAUGUUGCUGGUGAUGUUUGGGAUGAGAUGGGUGGUUGGGAGUGAGGAUGGGGUUAGUAAGGGGAGACGAUUGCUGAAUGAUAAGAGUGUUGUUGGGGAGGGCGUGAGACGGUGUUAUAUUUAUUCGGAGGGGGAUGGGUUGGUGGAUUGGAGGGAUGUGGAGGAGCAUGCGCGGGAGGCGGAGAGGGUAUUUGGGGAUGAUGAUGGUGGUGUUGUGGUGAGGAGGGAGAAGUGGGGGAGGGGUAGUGGGCAUGUUGAGCAUAUGAGGGUGGAUGCGGGGAGGUAUUGGAGGGUUGUUGGGGAGGUUGUGGAGGGGAGAUCAUAA